CCCGCUUCCCCGGGCGGUUCGGGCUACCUGCGGAGCCGAGCUAGGUAGUCUUUUCAGGAUGUUCAGAGAGGCCACAGCCUUGGCCUGUCCUGCUCCAAAAGGACAAAAUGGACUCAGCUUUGUGAAAGUUGAAGAAGAAAAUGUUUGGAGGCAGGACUUCAGUCUUCAGGGAAACCUCCAGAGCCAGGAGGUUUUCCGCCAGCAGUUUAGACAGUUUGGCUACUCUGACUUCACUGGGCCUCGGGAGGCUCUGAACCAACUGCAGAAGCUUUGUCAGCAGUGGCUGAGGCCAGAGGAGCGCUCCAAGGAGCAGAUCCUGGAGCUGUUGGUGCUGGAGCAGUUUGUGGCCAUCCUCCCUAUGGAGCUGCAGGCCUGGGUGCAGGAGCGCAGACCUGGAAACGGAGAGGAGGCUGUUACUCUGCUGGAGGAGCUGGAGAGAGAAUUUGAUGAACCUAAACAGCAGGACACAGCUCUUGGCCAAGAAAUGACACCCAUGGGAACACAGAAACCUCUGAGUAGCCCACUGCCGUCCUUGGAGGACCAUUGCAGGAGUGAACCCCAGGAGCCUCAGGUUUUCCAUGAGAGAGAUGGGGCAACCCUACCAUUUAGGGUUGAGGAUGAAGGUGAGCACUAUCAAAUGUGCCAAGACUUUCUUAAUGACUAUAGCAAGAUGGUGACUGACAAAGUACUAACAGCAAAGCAAGAAAUUAUUGAAUGUGUUACAUCAGUGGCCAUGGCAUCUCCAGGAAGACUUCCUAGGGAAUAUUCUCCAGUACAGAUAGUUGAAGAAACUAUGGGAUAUCUGGACAACAAUAAGCAAAGAGGAAGUGAUGAUGCAAGCAACAAAACAAGUCCACUUUCUUCCCAGGAAAGCUAUUUCAGUCUGGCAAGCUUUAACAAGAAACCCCCCACAGAACAGAAUACCUUCAAGUGUAAUGAAGGUGAAGGAAUUCUCAGUCUAAACUUACACGGUACUGCACAGUCCAGAACUCACACAGGGAAACUGCUCUAUGAGUGUUUGGAUUGUGGGAAAGCUUUUUGCCAUAGGUCAAAGCUGAUUAGACAUCAAAGAAGUCAUACUGGAGAGAGACCUUAUGCAUGUAAAGAAUGUGGAAAAGCCUUUGGUUUCAGAGCAGAUCUUGUUAGACAUCAGAGAAUUCACAGUGGUGAAAAACCCUAUGAAUGUUGUGACUGUGGGAAAGCUUUCAGGGGCAGCUCAGGGCUCAUUAGGCACAGGAGAAUUCAUACUGGAGAGAAACCUUACGGUUGUGAAGAGUGUGGGAAAGCCUUCAGCCAGAGCUCCACUCUUAUUCAGCAUAAGAAGAUUCACAGUGGAGACAAAGGCUAUGCGUGUACUGAAUGUGGUAAGGCUUUUAGGAGAAGUUCUGUUCUUAGGGAACACGAAAGAAUCCAUACUGGUGAGAAACCUUAUGAAUGUAAUGAAUGUGAAAAGUCCUUUAAUCAAAGCUCAGCCCUCACCCAGCACCAGAGAACCCACUCUGGGGAAAAACCUUAUGAAUGCUAUGAAUGUAGGAAAAUAUUUAGGCAUAGGUCAGGCCUUAUGCAGCAUCAGAGAGCACACACCAGAGUUCAGCUCUGUGGGUAA